AUGGUGAUUGUGUUUCAUGUGUCUGGUUUUGGAGGGGUGUUGGACUAUGGUGCAACAAGGAUUUUCAUUCGAUUUGGAUUAGAUUAUAUUCCUAUGGUGAGAACUAGAGGUGGUGCGACUUUUAAAAAAAGGAGAGGCCUUCGUAGUUCAACAGGAGGAGUUAAAUUGAAAGAUACAGGAGCAUGUAUCAAUCUCAAUGAUGAAGAUGAAGAGCAUAUUGAUGGUGGAAGCAAAAUGAUUGAUGAUGAUACUAACAGAGAUAAAGAUGCUUGUAUUGAAAAAGGAUUGAAAAAUAAAGCUAUCACUAAGAAAAAGAAACCUUCUACUAUUGAGAGUGAUAUACCUUUGUCAACUGUGAUGGAAGGAAAGAAGGGGAAUGAGUCUUCUUCUUCACAUGCUAUUGUUUUGUCAGCUAAGAAGAGAAAUUUGGAUGAAAAUGAAGGUCUUAAAGUGAAGAAAGUGAAGGCAAAUAAGGAUAAGAACAUUGUGAUUCAUAGGCAAGAAUCUGCAAUCAUAGAUGGUGAUGUACAUAUGGUACAACGAGGAUUUAAAACACGUUGCAGGCCAUUUCAUUUAGUAGAGAUGAUUAAAAAAAUUUUAGAUGAUCAAAUCAAGGUUGUUAAAGAAAUUGGCUUUGGAGGUUUGUUAUCUUUGAAGGUGAAACGAACUGCAACUGAUAUGCUAUCAUGGUUGGUAGAUUGUUUUGAUCAUGGUAGUUGCAUGUUUACUAUUGAUAGUAAAAAAGAUUUUGUUGUGACUGAAUUUGAUGUGUAUGAUGUUUUUUGCCUUCCUUGCAAAACAUCUAAGAAAGUUGAAGAAAUUUCUCGUUGUGCUAAUGUCAUCAACCCUGAUUAUGAUUUAAAGGUUAAAUGGAGGUCUCAUUUUGGUCUUAUGGGUGAGAAUGAUCAGAUUCCUUUGGGUUUUUUGGAAUCUAAGAUCCCUUUACUAGUAGAUGGCGGGGAAGAAUUCAGACAACUUUUUAUCAUGCAUGCUUUUUCAAGUUUUUUAGCACCUACGUCCAACAGAACUGUAGAUUUGAGAAUUGUAAAAUGUUUGGUUGAUGUUAAUCAAAUAAGAACUUAUGAUUGGUCAAAAUAUGUCUUAGAUAGACUUUGUGAAGCUGUGAAGAGCUAUAAAGAAGGAAAUAUAGAAUGGUUUUGUGGUUGUGUUUUGAUGUUAGAGAUUAUCUAUUUUCAUCGAUUGAGGUUUAGGAAUGUUGUGUUAAAUUCUACAAUACCUUUAUUUCAACAUUGGACUGAUGUGGAUAUAAGAGAUAGAAUUAGAAAUGAAAAGUUGUCCAAGGGUUUUGGAUGUGGCAUUCUUGAGUUUGAUACAUAUCUAGUGAGUGAGAAGUUGCAAUUUGAGGAUGGACAAGUUGUUUGUAAUCAAUUCAAGGAAGCUCCUGUGAAUCAAACUUCUAGAAAAGAAUCUGUUGUUUAUGAAGGUGUCCGUAGCAAUGUUAAGGGUGUUAUUCAGUUUGAGCUACCUGCUAGUUCAAUGUCUAAUGAGGAAAUCCGUUCAAUUGCUAUUGAUGAAGUUUAUGAGAAGUUUUUGCUCAUGAAAAGAGAUUUAGAAGUGGUAUCUAACUUCUAUAUGAAUGAGUUGAAAGUCUUAUUUCAGACUCGUAAACCUAAUGAUGGUUCAACUUCGACACCUCCAAUGUCCCAAACUGAUUUAUUCUUUAUGGAUCCUCGUGUUCAUGAAAUUGUUGAUGAGAUUGUGUCUCUUGUAAAUUGGGUAAGCAAAGUGCCUAAUGGUUUGGAUGAUGAUGAUAUUGAUGAUAAUGGUGCACCUGCAAAAGAGAUUAAUGUUGUAGUCGGUGAAGUUCUAAGGAUAGGUUUUGAGCAUGUUUUGAGUAAUGGAAAAUCUAAAUGAUCCCUUGCUAUGGAUGUUAGUCUCUUUGGUGAUAAAGUUACAUAUGUAACUCAAUAUAUGAAUUCAAGUAAUAAGGAUAUGAAGGUUUUGGAUGCAGUUGUCCAGGAACUUGUUGACUACUGCAUUAGUGAUUAUCAUGGUUUCGAUCUCAAUGAGGUGUUGGUAUCUUUUGGCAAACCAUUUGAGAUUACAAGGAAUGAAUUCCUUUCAUUAGGCGAACUGACUAUUGCUAUAUCUUCUGUUAUUAUUGAUUGUUG